CCUCCUCAGUAGUGACUUCAGCCUCGGUUUGAGGGGGAGGAGCAGGCUGAGAGGUUCUGCUGUGCUCCCAUGUUGAUGUUUGUUGUUUGCGAGGGUAGCAGGAGCGCUGUAUGAGGAGAGGGACACAAUGUGAGCGGAGGGCUGUCGACUGUCUGGCCUGUCUCCACGCUUCUUUUGGAGGGGGGGUGGGAAUGCUGCAACUUUUUUUUCUUUCCUUCCCCGGCUGAAUGGUUGAAGAUUUUCGGAUGAUUAUUCGCCGUGUAUUUGUGGACAUAUGGCUGUAAAGGUCCUGCUCGGUUCGUGUUGUGCGCCAAGAGUCGUAGUGUCUUUCUGAGCCUGACGGCCAGUCAGGAUGCUGGAGCUCGUCUGAGAGCUCCCCCGCCGUGUGCUCUUUUUCUCCGGAUUCCCCUUCCCGUUUUAAGUUCCUACUCGAGACAAUUCUCUCUCUCUUUUUUUUUAAAUUCACCAUUAAACUUGUUUUUCAAAAUGGUGUUCUUUGCCUUGUCGUCGCCUCGUAACAAACCUGGAUAACGAGAGGAGUAAGCUACGUGACAACACCCCGACACGACGACCAGCGUUUGUUUUCCUCCGACAGAGGCACAUCUGCCCCGGGAUUUAUUCAGCUGUGGGGAUUUUAAUCAGCAGUCGAUGCAUCUCGGGGUGUCUGAGUCCAUGAGAGAGUGCGAGUACAGCCAGAUAAGCACUCGCAGCUCCACGCCAAUGGAGACCCCUUACAAGAAAAGGACCCCAAAGAAGAAGAAGUGGGAGUCCUUCCCAGGUCGGAAUAAAUUUUACUGCGAUGGCAGGAUUAUGAUGGCCAAGCAGACAGGGGUUUUCUACCUCACCCUCGUCCUCAUUCUAGUGACUUGUGGACUUUUCUUCACUUUUGAUUGUCCAUUCCUGGCACAACAUUUGACCCCAGUUAUCCCAGUCAUAGGAGGUGUGCUGUUUAUGUUUGUAUUGGGGACGCUCCUGAGAACCAGCUUCAGUGACCCAGGGGUGCUGCCGAGGGCCACCGCGGAUGAAGCAGCUGAUCUGGAGAGGCAAAUAGAUGUGGCUAAUGGAAGUACUGGCUACAGGCCUCCUCCCAGGACCAAGGAGGUGGUCAUCAACGGCCAGACAGUCAAGUUGAAGUAUUGCUUCACCUGCAAGAUCUUCAGACCGCCACGUGCCUCCCACUGCAGCCUCUGUGACAACUGUGUGGAGCGGUUUGACCACCACUGUCCGUGGGUGGGGAACUGCGUGGGAAGGAGGAACUACCGUUUCUUCUACAUGUUCAUCCUCUCGCUCUCCUUCCUCACCAUCUUCAUCUUCGCCUUCGUCAUCACACACAUCAUUUUACGCUCCCAUCGAAGCGGAUUUCUCAAUGCGCUUAAAGACAGUCCUGCCAGUGUGCUGGAGGUGGUGGUGUGUUUCUUCUCUGUCUGGUCUAUAGUGGGCCUCUCAGGCUUCCAUACCUACCUAAUCAGCUCCAACCAGACCACCAAUGAAGAUAUAAAAGGGUCUUGGUCUUCUAAAAGAGGGAAGGACAACUAUAACCCUUACAGCCAUGGCAAUAUAUUCACCAACUGCUGUGCAGCCCUGUGUGGACCACUGCCUCCGAGCCUCAUUGACAGACGGGGCUUUAUCCAAUCAGACGCACCGCAGCUGGCACCACCAACCAAUGGCAUCACUAUGUAUGGCGCCACCCAGUCUCAGCAGAGCCACAUGUGUGACCAAGACCAGUGCAUUCAGAGCACCAAAUUCGUUUUGCAGGCCGCCGCCACACCUCUCCUCCAGCAGCAGAGCAGCGAGCCAGUCAUCCUAACGGCCUCGCCUGAAAACGGAGGCUCCCUGCCCGGCCGCACCUCCCUCACCCUGGGUGGCCCGUGCACCUCACUCCCACUCAGCCAGCCCACCCCACCGACGUCCACCCCAAGCCUCAGCUGCCACGAGGCCACCGACAUGCUGCCAAUCCACGGACACAGCCACACACACAAUCACAGCCACCCCCUCCAGGAGCCGGUGGCCCACCACCACUUUCUUACCCCGGAGGAAAUGCCCUCGCCACCAGGUAUGCUUCCCUGCGGCAGCCCCCUGGGUCACAGUCACACCGUGCAGGCUGGUUUCUACAACCCAGCCAGCCAGGACUCACUACACGAGGACUCCGUCAGAGGACUGGUAAAGCUCAGCUCAGUCUGACCAUGGGAUAUUUACCCCCUCCCCCCCGCACGUCCUGAAGACUUGCAUCCGAACCACGAAACUCUCCUGUGCCACUUUUGUACCAGCUUGCUCUCACCCUCAGUUUAUUUUCCUUUCCCUCCUCAGCAGGACUUGAGAACUGAAAAAAGGCUGUGGUUUAAAUUCAGCUGCUAGAAACUGAAUGGAAUUUAACUGAACCGAAGUGAAACCAGUUGUCCUCAGCCAGUGUCUUGCCAAACUUCUCUGCUGGAACUGUGAGAUGUUUUCUGAUGUUGUGGCCUGUAUAACAACUCAGACAUACCCUUUUUUUGUUUUGUUUGUUUGUUCUUUUACAACAAGGGAAGAAUAAUCCAUUAGCUCCUGGAAAGUGGACGGGAUGUUUUCUUUUUCAAAAGUGCAGAUGUCUGUGAGCCGUGACAAGCAAAAAAAAAAAAAAAAAAUGACAUUUUUGGUAAAACUUCUGUCAAUGAAUCGCAGGUCUGACAGGUUUUUUCUUUUUUUGGGUAAAACAAACUUUAGCCUAUUUGCCUGUUGCUGAUUGGACAGCGUCUUUUUGCCUUUUUUCCUUGGACAUUCUCAGCAGUGCAAUGGUUGAUGUCAUGUUUGCAUAUCAUCCUGCUUUUUCUAUGUUAAAAAAAAAUUAAGAGACUGUUGUACUGUACCAUGGUUAUUACAAAUCUUACAAAUUAUUAUAUUUCCUGUGGAUAUUAAUAAAACACCAACUUUUUAUCA